GCCCGGGCCCCAGGGGCUCCCCGGGCCGCAGGGCCGAGCCCUCCGGGAGCGCACAGCCCCGACGACGGGGCUCGUCCCGGCCACCGGGACUUCCCGGGGACCGGGCAACGGCAGCGCCCGGCCCAGCGGCCGCGCCCGGCCCAGCCUCCUCCCCGCGGCCCGCCCUCUCCUCCUCCUCCUCCUCCUCCUCCUCCUGCCGCCGCUCCUCCUCCUGCCCGCCGCCAUGUGGGGCCGGCGGCGGCGCGGGGCCGUGCCCGGGGGCGGCCGGAGCGCGGAGGAGCUGCGGGCCCGGCGGCGGGAGCGGGAGGCAGCCCUCAGGAAAGCCCGGCGGCAGGAGCAGCUGGUCAGCAAGCGGCUUCUGCGGGAGGAGACUGCAGAGGAGGGUGGGCAGGAUGGAGCAGAGAGCGUGCCGGGCCCUCUCUCGGAGGACGAGGUUCUUCAGCUGCUCAGAGGUGUGCAGAGGGGUUCAGAGGACAGGAAAAGCUCACUCGGCCGCCUCCGCUGGGCUCUGCAGAACAAGGAGACUCAGCAGAAGUUUGUCAGGCUGGACGGCAGCAUCCGGACACUCAUCGGGCUCUUCACCAGCAGCCUGGCUGACAUGCAGAUGGAGGCGGCCCGCUGUCUCCACGAGCUCUCCCACUCCAGUGACCCUGCUGUGGCUGAGGCGUGUCUACCAGUGACCUCCUACCUCCUCACCUACCUCUCGGGACACAGCGUAGAGUUCACGGAGCUGUGUUUGUACACGCUGGGGAACCUGGUAGUGGAAAGUGAAGCUGUGAGGAAGCAGCUUCUGCCUCAGGGCAUCAUUCCGGUGCUGGCAUCCUGCAUCCAGUCCCCCCACGAGGCUGUGCUGGAAGGUCUGGGCUACGUCCUCUCGCAGCUCCUCCAAGCCAAGGAAGCCCCCACAGAGAUCGUGCCCACAUGCUUCGGCUGGUGUGCUCCGGCCUCAAGGCUGGGACGGGAGCAGCCGUGGAGUUUGCGUGGUGUCUGCACUACAUCGUUUGUAGGUAAACACGCUUUUCUCCUCAUUUUGAGCUCCCCCCCGGGGGCAGCCAAACAGAGAGGCAGGAAAGCUCAGGGUCCUGCAAGGGGACCUGGAUUGCCUCCCCUUGGGAAAGCAACUCCCCUGCCGUCCUGGGCGUUCCCGCUCUCUGAGCACACACAUGCUGUUUGCAGGAUCACUGGGUUCCUUUACAGGGUGAUAACGGGCGAUAAACCCGAGGAGGCUGUUCCUAGUCCUCUGAACCCCUCCCAAAUCGCCUCCCCACGUCUGGAGUUGUCCCCUGCGCUCCCCAAGGCAAGCCCCCUGAACCCAGUGUCACCUGGCCGGGCUGGCUGCUGCCAACAAUCUCCGCCUGCCUUGGCAUGGCUGCUCCGAUGCCACCUCUUUCGGCAGCCCCAGCAGAAAAGAAUGUGGGGGUACUCAAAGAAGGAUCGGGGCUGUUGUUUCCAGAUCCGCACCGAUAAUUCCAGUGGAUCUGUUCUCCAUGGGCUCUUGAACUUUCUCAUAAGCACAGAAACAAGCUGCUAUUCCGACGCGAAAAAAAGCCCUGUGGUGGUUCAGGAGAGCGCUCUGAAUUUCCGGGCCCUGUUGUUUGGCGAGGGCUGCGGCGGUUUUCCCCUCUCCGAGCGCCACCACGCUGUCCCUUCUCUUUGCAGCCAUACAGCCAACGCCGUCUUGCUGUCGCUGGGGGCCUUGCCUGCCCUCACCUCGCUCUUGCUCGACAUGGCUUCUGAAAUCCCCCAGGAUGCUCCCGAGGGCCUGGAGCUGCUCGUCUGCCCGGUGCUGCGGUGUCUCAGCAACCUGCUCGCGGAGGAGACGGGCUGCGAAGGCCAGAUCCAGGACGAGCGCCUGCUCAUCGCCCUCUUCCUCAUCCUGCAGAGCUUCUUCCAGCAGCACCCGUUCAUCGUACAGGAAUGUCUCUGGCUGCUCAACAACCUCACGGCGGAUGAGCCCUUCUUCUGCUCCGCUCUGCUCUCCCUGGAUUUGCUCCCGGCCCUGCUGCAGCUCCUGCCCUGUUCCCAGAUGGCUGGUGUGUUGGUCCUGACAGUUCUGUGCAACGUAGCGGAGAAGGGCCCAGCCUACUGCCAGCAGCUGCACCACCAGCCUGCCCUACCCCUGCUGCUGCCCGCCCUCGCGCUGCCUGACCCCGAGGUGGUGGGGCAGUGCCUGGAGCUGCUGCACCUCCUCUUCCUGCACUGCCCAGAGGCUGCUGCUGACUUCGUCAGGCAAGGCGGGCACCGGGCCCUCGAGCAGCACCAGAGCACCCCAGAGCUGCAGGAGCGGGUGCGAGCGCUGCUGGACAUGGUCGGGCAGCCCCUGGGAGCCUCCACCUUCAGUUCGUGCCACGCCGCGCUCUCUGCCUUCUCCUAGGCCAUGCCGCCUCCCUUCCCUCCCCCUGCGCUCCGAGGAGGAAGAAACCCUUUGUUCGUCCUGUGCCCUGCUUCCCCAAGGGCUGGCCAGGCGUCUAACCACCAGCUGUUAAGCACCGGUGCUGGCUGCACUGGGAUGCUAGUCCUGGGGAAGAUACUGCUGUUCCCAUCCUUGUCACCACCAGCAGGCUGCCCCGUGCCUCCCCAGCGCUCAGGGCAGAGCCCAGCCGCAAGCCAGGCAGAUGGGCUCUUGAUGC